UAUUGUCUUUGACAAACCGAGGUUGCAGCCGAAGCACGCGCUACGAGCUGGGCUACCUGCACUUAGCGCUCAUCCGAUGGCGCAGCAAUGGGCUACUACCGGUGAGCAUGGGUCCGCACCUGUGUCCGACCCCCCAACUCUUAGAACUCCAGAAAACAUGUUCAGAAUGAAAGGAGCUCAUAAACCGCAGAUGUGGGACUUCAUUCGACUGGUUCGGAAGGAUGAAUACUCUCACAUACCCCAGGACGAUCUCAUCUCCGACAACGCCAAAGGAGCACAUUGCUUAAAGUGUGGCGUGAACAUUCCGUAUACUAAAGGCACGACCAACUACGUCAGGUAUCACAUGGCAACAAGGCACCCUGGUCACAUGCUCACCUCUCGACCGACUCGUAAUUCGAGAGCUUUAUCAAGCCACUCAAGCGCCCUCCAGGCCACACCUCUCUCUCAACCGGUGACGCACCAAAAUCUUGUUGCUGGCGAGCGUCUGUAUGAUCCCGAGUCCGAUCCAACCAUACCAAGAACUCCUGAAAACAUGUUCAGGAUGAAGGGAGCGCACAAACCACAAAUGUGGGAUUUCAUUCGACUGGUUCGUAAGGAUGAAUGCGCUCACAUACCUCAGGAUAAUCUCGUCUCAGACAAUGCUGUUAGCGCACAUUGCCUAAAGUGUGGCAAGAACAUUCCGUACAGCAAGGGCAACACCAACAAGGUCAAGCAACACAUGAAAGUAAGACACGCUGACCACUUAUCCGCAGCUCGCCCAAGUCUGCGCUUAACAAAUUCAUUAACCCGACCAAAUGUCCUCGAGACUAUACCUUCGCAUCAGACGCAAGUGAUGACUACGGAACAGAGUUCUGCUGACGUCGUUGAGGUCCCUCGCGAUCCCACAAUACCAAGAACCCCUGAAAACAUGUUUAGGAUGAAGGGAGCUCACAAACCAGAACUGUGGGACUUUAUCCGGUUGGUUCGAAAGGAUGAAUUCUCUGGUGUAGCCAAGGACGAUCUCAUCUCAGACAAUGCUAAGAGCGCUCAUUGUUUAAAGUGUGGCGUGGACAUUCCGUACAAAAAAGGCUUGACCAACAAUGUCAAGAGUCACAUGGCAAUAAAACACUCGCGUCAUCUCGAAGCUGCCCAGGAGAGGAGAGAGACGCAUAAAUCAGGCGUAUCUUUUGCCACCCAGCGUCGACCCAGCACAAUUCCACCUCGUUGCCAAGAAGUGAUACAAGCACCGGUACCAGAAGUAGUAGAGAUCAGUGUAUCUCCAGACCGACCAGAGGCGAAAGCAAUCGCCCCGGCACAGCAGGCUCAUGCCAAUAAGUUACUCGCUACGUGGCUUGCGCAGAGCCGUCGACCUUUGUCCAAUGCCGAAGACGUAAAUCUGGUUGCGUAUCUGAAGCACGUGAGUGAGGCUUUUGGGGGAGUGAAGAUGAAGAUGCCAAGUCAAGUGCAAUUACGUGCCAUCGUUAUGGACAUUGACGACCAGUACUUACCACACACAGAUCUGCAACGCAGCUUUCAACCAUAGUUCUACUCGUCGGCUUAGGACUCAAGAGUUAUCAGAGUAGUUAUGAUUCAUUUGCUGAAGUAAAAUUUCUAGUUUUUUGGACAGCACAUUUCAGUAUCAGUUCAUUGUCAGUUCGCCAAACGUUUAACUGC